GAGACAAUCCAACUCGAACCCGUACGUCACGAGGGCAAAGUGCAAAGUGUAUUGGUACACAAACAAGAACAUAAAAAACUUCUGUAUAAGAAAUCAAAAAUGGAUAUAAGUGACAACAUAGAUUAAAAGGAAAAAUUCUAAUGGAUGCACUGGUUAUAGACCCAGCAAUUCAAGAUGUCAUAGGUAGAAAUCUGGGUUAUGACAAUGUUAACGUUAACGAUUAUCUGGACAUAGAUUUACUGGAUCAAUAUUUACAGAAUGAAAAAACAUGCCUGCCUGAAGAGACAAUAUCUGCCAUAGCCUAUAGUAGGCCACUACAGUCAUCACAGAACCAUCAUCACCAUGUCAACAAUAUAAAUCUGCCAACAUCAAGUACAUCACCACCACAUGUACCAGUACCUACGUCUAACUACAAUCACUUGAGACCACAUGCCAUUCUAAAUGGACAAAAUCAUUGCUAUGACAACCCUGCAAUGCAUCCAACACUGCCUGACAGUCCACCUGAUUCAGAGCCAUAUUCACCACCAGAUGGACAUCAUAAUCCAGCAGGAAUAGUGACAACUCAAGAAAACAAAUACGGUGUGAACCCCACGAUGCAUCACAUGUAUCCACCGAGCCACCAUAGGCCUCCAGGAAUUCAUGCCAAGUCUAUUCCAUCAGGGUAUAAUGAGCCACCUGUAUUAAAUCACAUGCCACCUGCUCCAGUAUCUCACCCUGACCCUUCAACAUCCACACCUUUACCUCUCUCUGCUUCAGGCAUGAACCCACAAAUGAUCUCACCACCUCACAGAUUCAGACAUGAACCAGCAGAUUCACAGAUGAUCUCUUCUUCUUACAGUAUUCCAUCACGUCCAACCAAGAGAAAGUACCCUGAUUCACCUAGCAAUACCUUAACCAAUGUACUACUGAAUGGACGGCAAGAUAUGUUACCUAUUAAACAGGAACCUAAUUCUGGUUUUGGUGGAUACCUAGAUUGUGAAGAAGAUUAUCAAUAUGACCCAGAUUCUAGUAAUUCUGGUUUCAUGGACUCAUCGUACCAAGUGAUCAAAUGGCAGGCAUUCAAUGUUCAGAAGUGGACCGCAUUAACAGAUUCAAAUCUAAAAGAUCUACCACCGCCUCAAUACCGUAUAGAUUCUGACAAAGGAUUUAACUUUUCAACUCCUGAUGAAGCUUUCGUGUGUCAGAAAAAGAACCAUUUCCAGGUCACAGCACACAUGGCAAUUGCUGGGGACCCUAGAUAUGUCCGAACACCAGAAGGUGUCAAGAAAAUUGAUGCUUUUCAUUUACAUUUCUAUGGUGUAAAGUCGGAGUCACCUUCACAAACAAUCAAAAUAGAACAGUCACAAUCAGACAGAAGUAAAAAGCCUUUCCAUCCUGUUAGAGUGGAUAUUAUACCAAAUCAAACAAAUAAAAUGACAGUUGGUCGUCUUCACUUUAGUGAGACAACUUCUAACAAUAUGAGAAAGAAAGGGAGACCUAAUCCAGAUCAGAGAUACUUUAUGUUAGUUGUGGCAUUACAUGCACACUGUGGUGACAAUGAUUAUAUGGUGGCAGCACAAUCAUCUGAGCGUUUGAUUGUCAGGGUGAGUUUCAAGGCAUCAAAUCCUGGUCAGUUUGACAGUGAUGUAGAUGUGAUGUGGCAGAAAGCUCAGACUCCAGAUGGAGUAUACCAUGUGGGUAGGGUAGGUGUUAACACGGACCAUCCUGAAGAGGCACUGACAGUCCAUGGUAACAUGAGAUUGACUGGUCAUUUACUCCAACCCUCAGAUAAAAGGGUUAAGGAUGAUAUUAGAGAGGUAAAUUCAAAGGAUCAACUGAAGAAUGUUGCUCAACUGAAUAUAUACAAAUAUAAAUAUAAAGAGGAUUUUGCUGACACUGUAGGAAUGCCUGAACAUCAGCGCCAUGAUACUGGUGUAUUGGCACAGGAAGUGCAAAAUGUACUUCCUGAUGCUGUCAUGGAAACAGGGGAUGUUGCACUGAAUUCUGGGAAACAGGUUGAUAACUUGUUAGUUGUAAAUAAGGAUCGUAUUUUCAUGGAGAAUGUUGGUGCAGUUAAAGAAUUGUGUAAAUUAACAGACAAUUUAGAAGUGAGAAUUGAUGAACUUGAAAAAAUGAACAAAAAAUUAUCAAAAUUAAAACGUUACGAUAGUUUAAAAUCAACGGUCAGUUCUAAGUCAUCAUGUAGUGCUAGCACUGUUAGUAGUACACCACCAAAGAAAUCAUCAUCAUCAUCACCAAGUCACAAAUAUGGUCAUCGUUCAUCUCACAAUCAUCACAGCAGCAGAAAGACAUCACCUCCUACAGACAACGGAUGGUGCAGCAAUCGCUUUAUACAAAUUAUAAUUAUCACCUUAAUACUCAUCAUGGCUUUCUGUCUUGUAGCAAUAACUGUAUUAUAUAUAUUGGAGAGACAUAAAGAUUCACAAGAUACAACUAGUAGUUCACCUUCUGUCAAUGAUGCUAAGUCACAGUUACAUGCUGGAGGAACCAAGCAUGCACGAUCUACAACAACGUCAUCACCUAUCACACAACAUAUACUGCAUCUAAAUCUAACAUCAAUAAAAACUACAACCACAACAAUGCCUUCUGGAGUGCCUGUGAUAUUCCACGAACCUGGUGAAUGUUUCUGUUGUCCACCACCUUAUAAUGAAGAUCAAGGAGCUAUUGAUCAUUAUACUCCACCAAUUGUCAUUCAACCACCAAACAACCCACCCUACUAUAAAAUAGUUGAUAAUAACCAUACAGAGAUGAACAACUCACAGGAGAAUACUGGUGGAAAGGAAGAGACUAAUGAACUUCCUGGGGAGGAAAAGACUACAACAAAGAAACCAGAUGAUAAUAACAUCAUUGUAGUUAUAGACAAUGCCAAUGGACCACAAUACAGUAAUGUUGGCAACAUUAAUACUAACGAGAUACAGAACACAUUGAUUAGGAACAGUAGAAAGAAGAGACAUGAUGUUGACCUACAUGCAGAGAUUACUGUCAAUCGAUUCAACAAAACAUUAGCAACAAUAGAUGAAACAUAUUGUGACGGAGACAUUUUAAAUUCCUGUUCAGAAUUCAAUCGUACUUACAUGGUGGUGUUUAGUGUGUAUUGGGAGCUUAGAUUGUCCUUUAAUGUAUCAUUCGGAGUAUCACCAGAUGCUGAGGUGACUAUGUGUUAUAGCAAAACACGUCAAAAUUGUGAAAGAACUGCCAUUUAUAAUGAAACGAGGUUUAUACAACCUUAUCAGUGGAGUUUACCUGUCACACAAUUCUUCUCCAGCGAUUACAAAUUUAGAGUUGCUGAAAAGGGAACUCCAAAUGUUUGUUCAUUACCAACAGAAAGCCUUGGACAGUUUACUGAACACCAUAUAAAGUUUAUUAGACAAUGUGAUAAAACUUCUUGUCCUAGCAGAAAAUGAGAUUGUUCUGAGAACAAAGAUGCUGGAUAAUAAUAUCAGCACAAGAAAAAUGAUGCUAGAUGAUGAUAUCGGCACAAUGAUGUAUUAAGGCAGAAGCUGUGACAGAUAAAAGAGUAUAUCAAAUUUAUGUGAAUUAAAAUAUUGACUUUAUAUACUUUUUCUACUUGUUCAUAGAAUUUCUUUGUUAUUUUAAAUGCAAUAUGUGAUGUUUUUUUUUUUGCUUCAUAAUCUUAGCUUUUAGAUUAUGUUGCCUCCAGUUAGAACAUUCAAAUUUAAUACAAAAUGAUUUUGUUAGAGUUAUAAGAAAUACAUUUACUAUAUAAUGUGGUUAAUAACUUUUUGACAAGAGUCAAGAGUUGCAUAUCGAUUUUCUCACUUAAAAUUUUUAAAUACAUAUUAGGUACUUUGUAAAUUUUAUUCCAAAAAAAUUGAAUUUUAAACUUCAGCCAUUUGUGAAAUUAUUUAUUGUUGUAUGUAUUGAAAUUGAUUUAGAUAAGCAGCAUAUUAUUGUUAUGAAUGAAUCAUGGUAUUUAUGUAGUGCUUUAUUGCUCAUUUCAAUACAGUUGUUUGUCUCAGUUUAGUAAAUGGUUGAUUGACAUUUAUCUUGUCGGUCUAUGAUCAGGAGCUUUCACUUCCUAUUUUUUGAGCUUUAAAAUAAAAAAUAGUUUGGUCGUAAAUGCAGAGGAACGUUGAUAUUCCACUUCAUUAUAUUAAUUAGGCUUGUAAGAUCAGUUUUUUUUACCUUAGUGUAAUAUAGAUUGAACAUUAGUUUUACAUUGAGAAAGUGACAAAAUCUUUCAUGAUCAAGUAAUUUGUAUUGUAGAGUCUAGGUUCAUGAAUCUGUAAAGCUGACACUAGAAUCCUUUUACAUUAAUUAUCUAUAGAAAAGUAUUCAACUUGUAUAUUUUCCUCAACGUACCAAAAUUAUGUCUUCAUUUAGAACCAUUUGUAUAUAAGUCCAACAUUUUAAACAGGGUACAAACUAACUUUAUUAACUAUCAUUGUUUUUUCUCUUACUUUUAAGUAAAGUGGUAUAUAUUAAUGUACUGUUACUUCAUAUUUGUAUGGUUUUUAUUAUUGAUUUCUCCUAUUAAAUAAUAAGUCAUUUCAAAAUUAAAUAUAUUCAUGGUAAUAUUUGCAAAAGAAUACACCAAAAUAUGAUUGGUUGAGAAUGUCCUAAACAAAGGGUAUCUAACGAUCUCUAACCAAUGGAGUAACAGCAUUGAUAUUACCCAGAAUCCUCUAGUUUCUGAAACUGAAUUAUUUAAGUUCUGAUCUUGGGGAUUUUCGCAUGGAAUUCGAGCUACCAGUUGCAAAAUAAAAUGUCUAAUCAAUUCAUGUUUUUAUUUAUGAGUUUUUGUUCAUACAAUUGUUAUAUAUAUAUAUAUAUAUCAGUAUAAGACUGGUAAUUCGUUUAUGAUGUGUGGUUGUUUUGGACUUAUUAUGCAAUACUUUAUUUUAUUGUAAUUUUGUAUUACAACAAGUGCUAUAUAUCAAGUUGUAUAUAUAUGAAUGUACUCAUCAGUUUUUGUAAACAUUUCAUGAUUCGUGAAAAUUGUUGUUGAGUCUGCUCAUAGUAAUUAAGGAAUUGUUGGUAACAGUUUAUACCACAUCAGCUUAAAAUGGCUGAACAUAACAAAUGACAAUAUUAUAAAUGAUGGCUAUGUUUAAAAUGGCUUGGUCACUAUGAUAAAUCACCCUAUUAGCUUACAAGGCAGUUUUAGCUUUUGAAGACUUUAUUCAGAUUUUAUUAUUACAUUUGUAGUUUAUGCAUUGCUUUAAUGUUUGUUCAUCCAUUUUUAUUGAGUAUUUUUUAUUGUAAAUAGCUUUUAUCUUUUUGUAUUUAUUUUUUCAUGUUAAUAAUUUUUGGAGCAUAAAAUAUAAUUAUUACUCAGUACAAUGUGAGAUUUUAGUUUUCCUGAAUAUUUCAUAAUACCAUUUUUUUCUCUAAAAUUUGUUUUAUGUAUCCACAACUGAGAUUGGUUAAAUAAUUGAUAUUAGAUCUUUGUAAACAAGAACCAAUCAAAGGUUGUGUAUUGAAGAUCUGACAGAACUGUCAUUACUCCAGAAAAUUGAGAUUUUUAUACCUAGAUAUUAUGAAAACAUUGUCAGAUUUUUUUUAUACUACAAGUGAUGUUCAAAUAGACCAUACCUGUCAAACUUACUGGAUGAAAUGUCAAAUCAAAUGCUUAGGGCCCAUCACACAAUGUGUUGAUCCUUUGUUAUUCAGAUAACAGAGGAAAAUGAGUUGCCCAUCACACAAUGUGUUGAUCCUGUUGUUAUUCAGAUAACAGAGGAAAAUGAGUUGCCCAUCACACAUUGUGUUGACCCUGUUGUCAUUCAGAUAACAGAGGAAAUUGAGUUUUGACAACUAAGUAGACACAUCUUUUUGGCAAUUUAUUGGAAUAAGUCAAAUAGAAAUUGAUUUUGUUUCACAGUCAGGAAAUACAUUACAGGUAUAUUGAGGCUUGCACUUAUCAAGCUUGUAUUGGCUUAAAAAAUUCUAUUUCUUGAUAAUGUAUCAAAAUUACAAACAAAGAACUUCAAUUCAUUACAGUUUACUUUAAUGCUUUUGAAAUGGUAAGUCACAAAGUUGUUUUUUCUUUUGAUUGAUAAGAUUACUCUUAAAAAGGUGAGAUUAAAACAGAGAUAUUUUAUAAGUGUUUAACAUUGUAUGAACUAUGCAAAGAUAUUAAAAAAUGAACAAUUAAAGAAAUAUUUCUUUACAAUACUCUAGAAUAAAUUUGUUCUUUAUGAAUACUCUGUGGGAAAAAAAUGGCCAAAGCAAAAAAAAAACACUUACACAAUAUUUAUGCAAGUUGUGGAAAAAGUUACAAAGGUGUAUAGUUGAAAUCAUUUAUAAAUAUUCAUAAGUAGUCAUAAUUACAAUUUGCAUAAUCAGUUAGCAUUGUAUAUACUAAGCCAAAGAGAUUUCAUAGUAUGGUAAUUGCCAUAUAUAUAUUCAUUGGUGUUGUAUUUGUUUUAAAGAUUUUUGUUAUUGAAUAUGUGAACAUUUUUAUAUUCAAUAAGGUAAAAUUAUCUAUUGGCAACUUUAAUAAACUUGUCUUUUUAAGAUAUUUUGUUACAUUUUUUACCAUUAAGGAUCAAAUACAGAAAAGAGGACCAAAAUGAAAUUGAAUUAUGAUAAUAUAGGGUAAAUUAAAUUAAAAAAAAAUCAAUGAUUUUUUUAAACAACAGGCAGGACUUUUAUAUGUAUUGCAUGAAUAAUUCAUUUAAAACAUUCCUGUGAUUUCAGCACACCAACAUUCCAAAAAUUUAAUAUUUUUUUUUUUUUUUUUAUGCCAUGCAUAUUUCGUAUAAUUUAUUUUGAACAAUUGUAUAUUUUUGUAAACAUUUGUAUAAAAACAUUCCAUUCAUAUUCAUUCCAUAAGUGUGUUGCUUAGCACUGCAUUCUUUUCACCUAUAAUCAUAGUACAUAAAAAUGUUUUCAUUUUGUAAAGAAAUCAAAAUACAAAUUUAGAAUCAAAAUAUACUUCAUGGAAAUAUUUCAAAUAGAAUAUAAUGAGGUAAUUUGUCAGAAUGUGGGAAGUAAUAAAUAAUAAUAUUAAUAUAAAUGUUUUUCAGGUUUAGGCUUUGUAAAAAAAAAAUGCUUUCAACUUGUUUCUAAAUCAAAUAAGAUGCUUCGGCUAGUUGUGUGCCUACUUCUGAUGUAAACUUGUUAAAACUUUGUCAUUGAUAUUAAAUUUUAUUGUCAUA